AAUUUUGGCAGUGUGUUUUUGGCAGUCAACGGGUUGCAACAGCUCUACAAGUGAGCAUCUGUUCAGCUACGGCAAGGUAGUGCACUGCUGCCUGCGCAGACUUCUUUCCUCGGCCAGCCUGAGCACAAAAUCAACAGAAUCACGCAUAUGUUAAUCAGUCGGUCUGUCCGUUUUGUUGGUGCUUGGCGCUGUUUCGGAAAGCUCUGGCAGAUUUGAACGCACCAAGCUUGCUUGGGUAAAUACGCACAACACGCAAUCUGCUGCUCAAUUAAAUACGAUAGUCCAUUGCCUAUAAGUCGUUUUAGGCGGUGUAUAAGUUGGUGGAUAGCCUGUCUGCUGAGUGGUGUGCUUACGAUGGACAGCGUUGUAAGUGUCGUUUUGCCAGCAGCCGGAACAGGCGAAAGGAUGAAGAUGAAAGUGGCCAAACAGUUCUGUGAGGUGCAAGGAAAACCAGUUAUGUGUCACACAAUAAGUGCAUUUCUACAAUACAGCUGGAUAUCGGAUGUCGUGGUCGUCUAUCCCCCAGACAAGCAUUCGCUAGUGGUCAGCGCCCUGAAGACUGCCGAUUUGCUGGAAAAGGUUUCACUUGUGCCUGGUGGAACGACAAGGCAUAGGUCAAUAAUGAACGGCAUGAAGCACCUCGAGCAAGAUCCGCCGGAUAUCGUGAUUAUUCACGACGCCGUUCGACCCAUAGUACCGAGACACGUGUUGGAGGAAGUUGUGCGGGAAGCAAAGCUGCACGGCGGAGCAGGACCAGUCGUACCUCUUGUGUCAACAGUACUGAAGAUUGACAGCAAAGGAUUCCUCGAAGAGUCACUAGAUCGGUCCAGAUAUGUCGCGAGCGAGAUGCCACAAGCAUUUCAGUACCAGUUAUUGCUAAAAGCGUAUGAAAGGUGCACAGAAGAGGAUUACACCAAUGGCACAGAGUGCCUUGCACUUUUACAUAAGCACUGUGGAGUAGCACCAAAGUUAGUUCCAGGGGCUGAUGAACUGUUUAAAGUUACAUACCGAAAAGAUUUGUAUGCUGCAGCUGGAAUGCUCCAGGAUGCGCAUAAUACUCUACCUUGAAUACCAAACUCUAUCAGCGAUUUUAAUUUUUGCACUGACAGUUUCAUGCAAUUUUUCAUGAGGCAAUUAAUGCCCAUGCAUGCUGAAUUG